CCCCAUAAGCCUAACCGACCUUCUGAAACGCAUUGCGUGUUCGCAGACAUUAAGCCCACCAUGUGAAAGGUUGCGUCCUCGGCGUUGAGUAUCUGUCUCUCGCCGUGAGCAAUCUACCUAGGUAGUCGAGAAGCUGCAGAACACGGUCCUCCGGGUAGAAUAGCACGAUGGCCGACCACACACCAAGUUCAAGCCCGAGUUCGCUAAGCAACCUCAUCCGCCUCGCUCCUCUGCAGGUCAGUGAUCUCCCUGCGCAUCCCGAUCUUCCUGGCUCGUCUGCGAACCUGUCCGCCCUUCUGACGGCGCUCCUCGACGAGGGCGCGUCUUUCUUGUCCCCAUCGACCUUCAGCGGGAAUUUCAAGCACCAUUCCACCAAACCCUCUCCGCCGUCAGCCGCGCGUGUUGAAGUCCUUAGUCACAACGUCCCUGCGAAUGCUAUCGCGCAGAUUCAAUGGACGCGGUCUCACCCCGACAACAGGGGAGUGUCGCGCAGUAAGCCACCGAAGGUGGAUGCAGAGCACUGGUUCGCAAGACGCAGCCUACACCGGGACAUUUCCAGUAAAAGCAAGGAAACGCCCGGCCAUGCAAGUUGGGAUGAAUUCGUGUUCGGACUGCGCGAUGAGCAUAGCAAACAUGAGAUGGAGUUCACCCCGACGUUGUAUGAUGCGAGACCUGUCGCCGAUUGGAAGGGGCAGAUUCAUAAAAUGGAGGAAGAGGGAAAAGGCGGGUUCAAAGGGUAUACAAGUGUCAGUCUGGGCGUGUACGAGAUGUGUCACGCCAUUCCGCCGCCCUUGAUGCCGCGAUGUUUCUGUGUCUUGGUGGCCACGGCGAGUACGGGGAAGGAUGAGUUUGUCGCUGUUACGGUGCCGGUGGAUUUUACGGGAGCGGGUACGGACGGCGAAAGCGUGGGGUUUUAUUCAACGGGACGCAACACGAGAGAGGGUGAAGACGCUCAGAGAAGGAAGAAAGUGCUGAUGGGAUUGUAUACGGCUGUGGAGGUGGUCAGAAGAGAUCAGGAAAGGGAAGAGGUAGAGUGGAUCAUGGCGACAAGUAGUGAUGCAAAAGGGAAUCUGCCGAUGUGGUUGCAGAAGAUGAGUCUGCCGGGCGCGAUUGCUAAAGAUGUCGGGUUCUUUCUGAGCUGGAUUAAGGAUGUUGAUGAGGGUGAGGCAAUGGCAAAUACGAGGAGAGGCUGAAACAAUGCAGCUCGGGACUGAUCACGGCAUGGAUCCGCCUGUCGGGACUUCUCUUCGACUCGGUUAGCCGUUUCAUGUCCUUUGAUGAUGCUCCGAUCCAUUACGCAUGGACGAUCUAUCUACUGCUGCAGUUGCGGCCAUGGUCUCCUGACUGAACCCGCGAUAAGUUCAUCUACGAGAUCGGUGAACUUGAUCCAUGCAAAAUCUGGAUACAACUCUCGUCCAUUGAUAUAACCCAGGUACUCUGCAUUCUCGGGGGUAUUGUCCGCCCGUACAUAUUUACUGACACAAUACUCGGCAAUUGCCAAUCCGGCCAUGUUCAUUGGGUUUGCAGGGUCAGUUUCUGCAGCUGCUUUGGCAGCUUUGAGGUUCGCAAGCGCCUCUUCAGCAGACCUCUGCACCUUCAAGUUAGCCGACUGGAAGUCAUCACAUAGGGAAGUAUUCGAUCUUAC